UUAUAUUAAUUAUUAUUAACGACUUACUUAUACAUUUUUACAAUAAAAUAUAAUCUACAAUGUGCAAUGCUGGUAUUAAAUAUGAAGUUUAAACAUAAAACAAUAAUAGUAUAAUUGUAUAAAUAUAAAUAUUAAAUGUACUAGUUGGAUGUAUUCAUACUUCAUAGGUAUAACAAUAAUUAAAUAGGAAGUUAAUCGUUCUAUUCAUAAGUCUUACAAGAUACAGGUGGAUGACGUUCUAGCAUWUAUGGUUUAAACAUUUUUAUUCAUUAUAUUUAUUCAUAAAUCAAAUACAAAUUGAACAUUUAAUAUUGUUAAAAAUAUAAUAUGCCCUCUGAACGUCGUUUGUGGAAAAUAGUAUUUGAGAAUUUUUUAAAAUCUCUUCAACCUAARCUUAAAGAAAAACCAAUCGGUUCUGAUGCUCAAGGCAAUAAAUAUUUUGAGUUAGAAGCGGAUCCUCGAGGUGGUCGUAGAUUGCCAAGAAGAUGGUUUGUUCCAGCCAAUGAAGAAUCAAGUGUUCCAACACCAGAAUGGUCACAGUGGUUAAGAGGAAGACGCGAUGAACCACCAACUUCAGAGGAAAUUGCUCAUAAUGAAGCUAUUGCAAAUAUGAAAAAAAUUAAUGCUGAAAAUAUUGCACAGAAAUUUAGACUUACAGACUCUACAGAUAAUGAGACAGAAUAUCAAGAAAAUAGUAAAGGGUUUCCUGAUAUGUCUGAAAAAUUUGAAAGACAACCUGGAAAUUUAAAAAGUAAAAUAAAAUAAAUUUUAGUCAACAAUUGUUCUUUGUAAAAUAUAUUGCAAAAAUUAAUUUUCUGCGUAUUAUUUAAGUUUUGACAAUCCUUUUUGAGUUUAAGUAGAAUACAGUAUUAUCAUAAUUAUGUCCAAUAGAAAAUAAUAGUUCAUGCAUACAAAAUAUUUUUGCUUAAAUACCUUGAGUUCACUAAAUUAUACAAUCUAAUUAAAAUAUUAUUUAUGUACGAUGACCAUACUUUAAACCCUUGUGACCAUUAUUGUAUUGUUUAUGAGCCAAUAAAAAUUGUUGGCUUUAA